CCCGUGGUAUCCUGCAGUCGCCAUUUUGUUUAGUCUGUGUCCGGCUGUUACAGAAAACGAAGAGGAACGGCUUCUCUCCUGCAUCACACAACUUUUAAUAUAUUUUUUAAUCAGAACCCGGUAAUUAACACCACAUUUCUGGUACAUGGUAGUGUUUAAAUGUCGAACGUGAGUACAAGGUUAAUUAUCAAAUAAAAACUGUUAACAUUUAGCUAACGCUAGCCAUAAGGUCGCGAGGUGGUUUAGGUAGGCCUCUGUUCCGCAUAAAUAACCUUUAACCACAUGAACAUACACUCAAAGUUUCAACGUAGAAAGUCGUUAUCUCAAUACACGUUAUCUCGUCAACACAUGUCUAUCGUUUACCGGAUAGUUGCUGCUGGGAACCGCUUGUAGAUCGUCUUAGGUAGCUUUGGGCUGCUUACUAUUGUUCUACAGACUCCAUAUCCUCACGGAGACACCCCAUCAGCAGUGCGCCUAGAGGGCGGAAAACUUCUCGGCCACCUCAGGGAGAGUCCUGUCAGUCCUGAAGAGAACCAUCCACCACGUUUAUAGUUUGAAGGUCUUAAGUUGGUGACGCAUACCAGCAUUACUAUGACCAACCAUGGAGAUGACUGCUACUUCUUUUACUAUUCCACCUGCGCUAAAGGAGACAGCUGCCCCUUCAGACACUGUGAGGCUGCAAUGGGCAAUGAAACGGUUUGCAAUCUGUGGCAAGAAGGACGCUGCUUUCGGACCAUCUGCAAGUUUCGACACAUGGAAAUCACCAAAAACAGAAAGGAGAUACCUUGCUAUUGGGAGAAACAGUCUGCCGGAUGCCAGAAAUUACACUGUGCCUUCCUCCAUGAAAAGCCCCGCUACAUAGAGGGCAUCUUGUUCCCACCUGAUAAAGAUCUGAGCAAGAAUGAGGAGCAGCCACUUGAGGAAACAGUUCUCCCACCAACUGUCCCUCUUGCAACUGCAGCCAACCCCCAGCUCAGAGGGGUCAUUAAAACCGAAAGUCAGGAGCCAGUACCAAGCCCCACUCACCCACCAGUGGUGAUCAAUCCUGCAGAUGAUGAUGAGGAUGAAGAUGACCUUUUCUCAGAGGAGGGAGAUGAUGGCAGGGCCGGCUCUUCUCAUCGAAAGCUACCCAAAUUAGAUGACUCACUGAAUUUUGGAGUUAGCACCCUGGAGGAGAUCAGACUCAGGAAGGCCCUGAAGACCAGCAUGAAGAGAGCCGGUUACCCCAUCCAGAGUUCUGAUACCUUGGCCAACGGAGGGAAAGAAAACAUCCAGUCAUUAUGUCGUCCAGCCCUCUAUGAGGCCAGAGAUGGCCAAUUUGUCUUUGAAGAAACUGGGAGAUCAAGAGGCAGUGUGGCUGAACGGCUCGGAAGAAAGAUGCCAACUAUCAAUGAAAAAAGUGGAGGCUGUGUCCAGCUGAAAAGGAGUCUGGCUGAGCGUCUGGGCAGAAUUGUGGAUGAGGAAGAGCCAGGAAUGUCCCCACAGAAAGUUUUUAAGCCUAUUAAGGAAAGACUUGGAUCGACAACUGCUCUUGUUGCACUUACUGACCAAUCUGAGACCAACACAGAAUCUGAGAAAGCUCCUGAGCAGAUCCGCAUUAAAACUCUGGAGGAGAUCAAACAGGAAAAGGCAGCAAUGUCUAAAUGCCAGAAGGAUGGGCCUACUAUUGUGGGUCCAGAGAUCACCAGAACCAAUAAGGGUGUCAAGCGAUCCAUCAGUGUUAAAGAUGACUCAAUUCGCUGUGUCAAAAGGUUCUCAGAGAUCCUUUCAGCCAAGAAGACAAGGAAAGAGGAGCAGAACCCCAGCCCCAAAAAAGAAAAGCACACUGUGGAGAAACCCCCAGGCAAGAGCCAAGCAGAGCCGAAUGCAGUUAGGCCCUGUCCCGAGGCUACAAACAUAGAGGAAGUCCGAGUAAAGACCCUGGAGGAGAUCCGCAGGGAGAAAGCAGCAAAGAUACAGGCUCAACAGGGUAUGCAGGCUGAAAACAAGAGGAGCACUGAUACUAAGGAAAAUGGUGAAAAGAUUCCUUGCCUACUGCGCAUCAAUGAACUAGCUCCCCAAGCAGGCAGCAUCACAACACAGAACAGAGCUGAGGUUACAGCUCAAACUGCUGCUCCUGAGACCAGGCCUGCAAAGACCUAUAACGUCAAGGUCAAGACCUUCGAGGAGAUCAUGCGCGAGAAGCGCCUCCGCAGGCAGGAGGUGGAGGAGCAGGACAAAACCUCAGCUGAAGCAAGUGAUUUGAUCCCCUUCAAAUCCAAGGCUGCAUCACCUAUCAACAGCAUUACUUCUCCUGGUGCAAGAGUUGCAGCUGUGACCUCAGUCCCUGUUAAGCAGAGCUCUUCACCAAGGGCGUUUGAGUCUAAGUCAAAGAUUCCCAGAAACUCCAGGGAGGUCUCAGUCAAAAACUCAAGGACCUCCACAGCACCGCCACCAGCCAAGCAGUCCAGAGCAGCUCCUCAUGAAACUGCAGAGUUCCCGGCUGCUGUUAAAACACUGAGCAAUAAUAAGAAGAACUCCCCAGAACAAACUCGAGAUGCCAAAGUGAGGCCCAAACUGAAUGUGAAGCCAUCUGUCAUGAAGCCUGCAGUUCAGGUGACACCAGGCCAGAAGAGGAGGGGAAUGGAGCGGGCUGCUGUGGCUGCUGUGGCUGCUGUGAAACCUCUGAACAGUAGCUGCACAGAGGUGGAGGAGCCACUGCAAGAGACUGUAUGCCAAGAUGGACAAGUGUUACCAUCCUCCAGUGCUGCUGUUCCCCCCAGUCCCAGCACCCUGCUGGACUGCCUGGACUGCAGCUCCAGCCCUCUGAGAGAGGAGCUCCUGACUGUCCCUGUUUUCAAUGAGAGUCUGAGCCAGGAAACAAAGCCCACCUUCAGUAUUAAUACUUCCAGAGCGACCGGUGAACUCCCCCAAAGCCCAGUCCUGAAGACCCCCAUUCAGCCCAGGGCCCGAAGACAGAGCGCUGCUCUGUCCACCUCAGCCGUGGACGACUUCGAGGACCUGAUAAACGAAUUCACGGACGACCAUCUGGAGGACGAUGUAGACCCGGGCAUCGGAGAGGACGACCUGCUGCAAGAACUGUCAGAGAUGAUUGACAGCUGAGGUUUCCAUCUAAAACAAUCACCACCACACCCCAAUUUCUCAUCCACAACCAUGGCUUUCUAUUUACAAGAAGUGAAGACCAUCUACUACGGACAUUUUUAGUUUAAAGUUUUUUUUAGCUUUAAUGUUCACGACUUUUCAUCAGCUACAAAUAUCUUUUCUUUUCCUGCCCAUAUUAUCCUCUUAUAGCCCAGGUGCUAAUUCGGCAGGGUUUUGGUUUUCUUUAUCAUGUCGGUUUAGGAACAGUGUUCAACAUUUCCGGGCCCUGAGAAGAAAUCCUGAGAGAGCUAUGGUUCCGUUAGUAAACAUUCUGAGAUUGUCAAAAAUCUCUGGAUAUUGUUAUGUGAAGUCAUAUUGGUAUACCGAUUAUGCAAAGGGAAUAGCAAGCGGAAUUAAAGAAAUAAUCAAUACUGCUGCACUUAAUAAUAGAUUGUCACCGACUAACUUUUCAUUCUGUUUGUUUGGAAGAGUGUUGCUGCUCAGCUAGUUCCAAGAUUACGACAAUAAAUGUUUUGUUUUGAUAAUGACGACCCUGUCAACAAAGCAAUAAAGGUCAGUCCCUGAGAAAUUAUGUUUUCCAGAAAUAGUUAACAUGAGGAGUGUCUUAUCCAUCAGUUUAAUGUGCUUUAUAUACUUUUCCACUCAGAUCUUAUGGAAUGCACCUUCUGCCUGUGACUUUCCUGCCCUAAGUCAUUUUUUUUUUUGUAUAAUGUAUGUAUAGUUUUUAACCAGAUCUUUUAUCCGUUGGGUAAACUUUAAAAAGACCAGUCUGGGAUCAGCUUAAUCUCGCUUUCUUGUUUUUGUUAAGGAACACCUCAGGGACUGUUUCUGAUUUUGAAUGCUCUUCAUAUGAUUCACCAACACUGUAUUUAAUUUCAACAAUGCUGUCUUCAGUUGUAUUUUUUGUGUAUGGUCUUUUUUCUGCUAUUUGGGUUAGCAUUGGUUUAUGAGUGGUCAGCUGAGGUUAUGGUCAUUUUUUUGUCUUUAUGUUUGCUUGGUCCUGACCUGUUUCCUCAUGCUUACUGUUCAGAGUGACUUGUACAAAUUGCUAUGUAAAUAAAAUAAUGCUUUUAAUGACCAA